GGUACAUCUCCAGGCAUCAGGAGCUUUGUUUGAGUGCCAAGCACAAAUACUUCAAUAACAGCGGCAAGUUCUCUCUUCAUCAAAUAAAACUGCUUGACUUUGAUGUAAUUCAAUGCGUUCACAUGCAGUAUAACAGAUGAUAAAAGCACAAUCACUGCAACAUUAUCCAAGCCAGUACUGUUCCAGCCCAACAAGCAGUGUCGGUGGUUCAGACACAAUCACAUCAAACAUCGAGCCAGCACACCAUUUCCAGGCAGCCUUGGGACAUUCGUCUGCCAGUCCGCUGUCACGCUACAUCCUGCAGGCAUGAAAUUACGCUGCUUUCUUGCAAUAUCACCUAUGGCACACUCACUAGGAGACGAUCGCCUGGACCAGAGAGUCCUGUUCCUAGUCUUCCCCGUCGCAGCAUAGUCUUAUGAAUACGAGCCUAUAAUCACGGGGCCGGAGCACUACAUCUUCAAGUUAUUGUAUCGUGCGGAUGCUAGCAAGUCAUCCACUUCCGCAAAUACCAUUCCACGGCAUAUUCGAUGGCCUAAAGACGCUGAGACACCAAAGUGAUCCCAGGACUCGUGUCUCCAUUCGGCUUGCGCACAUGGCACUGUUGUUCUAUCAUCAGGUUACGCUGCAGAGCCUCACUGGCACCAGCUGUCCAUACCAUGCUCAUGAUGCGCCAUGCGCCGCUCACAUCUGUCAGGGUGUUGCGGGUGCUCCAAUAAAUUGAACCUUAGCUCAGCCAUUCAAUCAUAGCACCUGAUUGGCGAAAUGGUGGACGGGUGGAUCAACCAUUUGUCGCAGCGAACAUCCGACCUAUAGUAAUCUAUGCGGAGGAAGAGAAUGGCUGCCGAUGCAACCUCCAUCACGGCAAGCUCGCAUGAAUGUCGAACUACCGCGCUACCAGUCAUAGCCACCAAGCAGUACCCUGCGCAUGCUACUGGCGCAUCACCUCCGGCGAUUUAUCAUGAAGUCUCUGGUCUAAAGGAGCGCCUGAUCAUGCCGGUACAGAUAAGCAAGCUACUGUGACACCAAAUGAUGGGCCAUUACAAGGAUACCAGGACUAUCGUGUCCAUUCAGCUUGCGCAAAUGAUGACGUUAUCCCAGCAUCCUGUCACACUCUGAGACCCGCUAGCAGUAGCUGUCUAUGUCAUGCUCGUUAUGCAUCAUGCGCCGCUUACAUCGUGAUGCAGGCAGCAGGAGGCGCUUGAUAGAACGAUGCCUCGCGAGUUCUUCUCCCGGUGAGCAUGAUUUGACUCGCUGCACAGACGAUCCGCUAGCUCUUGGUCCUCAAAGCCUCCUUCAGUGCGGUCAAGCUGACUCUGUCAUCUCACUAUGUACUGAACUACUGCCUAUUAACUCAAGUAACUCAGAGGAAAAAAUCCUCGUCCUUUUGCCGCUUGCAUCUCGUCCUCUGGGGUCCAUUUUGGCGGCCCUUCUUUUCCAGGUUUUUCUGUGUCAGCAAAAUCUGAAACGAAUAAAUUACUCCGACCAUCGGGAACUCUACGUUCCACCCAUAUAUCCUUGCAACUUCAUCAGCAACUUUAUUUGGUACUACAAGGGCGAAGCGCAGCUGAGCUGAGGUAUCUGAUGGCCCGCGCUAAACAAAAACUUUUCAAUCAGGAUGUGCAUAGAAAGAGCGGGAGGCCUAAUACCCAACGGACAUGGUCCGAUGAGAUCUCCUUGUAUGGCUUGGUUUCUGUUUUAAUCACACUUCAGUUUCGUUUCAUGUUUUCUUCGCCCAACUCGAUGUCCGUAAAGGAGUAAAUAUAAUGACAGCUUUAAUUCUCGUUAAAUCAAUAUACCAACAGUCCGGUUUUUUUUCUUCUAUAUGCAAUAAAAAUGUAUGACCACAUAAAUACAUAUCCAAACAACAUAUCAACCGAGACGAAUCAAUAUGAUUCUGGUCAAGUUGAACCACAAAACACCUAUCCUUCACCUCCUCAAGAUACCAACGAAGUUGUUUGCGUCUGCAAUCUAAAUGUCAAAUUACUUCUGGAACAGGGCAUAUGGGUUUGAAAUUCUCAGAAACUCUAUAAGCCUGUUGGUCAAUGCAACAAUUUUCAUGAUGAGUUAAUGAAAGACUAUUUCCCCUACUUACUGGGGGAAAGGUUGUUGAGAUUGGCGAGCUGUCGGGGGAUGAAGGUACCGAAGACGAAGAGGGAGUCAACCUGGAAUAUGCGGUUGAAAUCAAGAAUGUUCAAUGUUCAGCGUGUAUGAGGAAUGAAAGGUAUACAAGUA